AUGCGCCACCAGCUGUUCACUUGCAAAUUGAAUGCUACUCAGUUCACGCGCACACCAGGACGGCGCGCGGCCGACAAAAAAGUCACUGCAGAGAAGGGUGUGACGUUGGAAAGCAAUAACACCGGCGAGCUCAUCAAGCAGGCCACCGUGGGGCAAACUGUUAACGCCAAAGCACGCAACAACAGUUGCAGCAGCAGCAUGAACAGCCGACGCUACAGUUGCUCGGACGUCAAUAGUGCUUGCACGGUCAUCCGCGGGAGCAGUUGUAGCAACAGGAGCGCAAUGAGCACAUUUCCUCGUACUAUCAAAAGCAGGAGCGCAGACAGUCUCCGCUAUCGGACGCUGCUGCUGCUGUUGCUGGUGUUUCUGUCCGUGUAUCCGCUGUUGCUGCCGGUGCUGCCGCCGCCUGCUGUGCCCCUGGCCCUGCUGCCUCGUGCAGCUCUGCUUCAGUUUGCAGAAGCACUGCGUUUAUACAAUUUUACGGCAGUCGAUCACAACGGCAAGUGUAUGUCUUCCUCUGUUGCAGCACACAAUCUCUCUCCGUGUCUACAUCCUCCUCUGCAUCAGCAGCAGCUGCGUGUGCAGGAGAAGAUAGAGCAGCGCGGGCCGCAACGGCAACAGCAGCAAGACCAUCAGGGGGACCACUGGCGACAGAGUGUCUCUUUACAGCACCGAAGCGAAGGGCGACCGCUGGCUCGCGGCCUCCAGCAGCAGCAGGAGCAGCAGGAGCAGAUGCCAGGAAACCGGUUUCUAUCAGAUCAGGCGCUGCCGGCGUUAGGCGGCGCCUCUGCUCGCGCACAUUGUCCCAAAGGUGUCUUGUUGAGACAGCGGAGACGCUUCACAAACAGGAGCAGCCGAAAGAGGAGGAGCACGUACACAGUCAGCCACUGGAGGCUGAUGGGUAGCAGCGGAAUGAACAGCAGCGAGAGGCGCAGCAACCGGAAAAAUCUUCGACGCAGCAGCUGCAACAGCAGCAGGAACCACGAUAGCAGCUGCGGAUACCAGAGGGACAGCAAAAAAUUCGGAAGCCAAGAGUGCUUCAGCAGCAGCAGCAACCCACGCAGCAGGAAAAAAAAGACCUCGACCAGUACUGGAUUUCAAGAAGGAUGCCUUCUAGGUAGCGACGGUCACAGCAGCGGCGGCAGCAGCCACGCCUGCGACUCACAGCUAUUUCGUAUAACUUGUAUAUUUCUCCGACUCCGCGCUUGGUAUGAUGCAGGAGUCGCAUGCAAUUCCGUUGAAUCUGCGGUCGCGUCUACUAGUGCACCGCAUGUACAGACCCCGAGAGACGCGCAUAGGCCCCCCGCCUUCAGUAUGUCUUACCCGCGACCGCGCCCUGCAUACUUCAGAGAUGCAACAGCAGCUACGAAAUAUUUCCUAGCAGUGUCACCUGCAUCCCUGCGACUGCCGGCUGCUGGUGUUACAGAGCUUUGCUGCCAGGAACACUCGAGCUACAGAAGCUCUGUACGCAGCACCAAUCGCGGCUGCGACCGAAGAACACACACUGGUCUUUCCUCCUGCUGUGGCUACAUAUGUAGCAGCGUCGACAGCAAGAAAUGUGGUGAACUCAACACCAGGAGGGGCGGAACGAUUACCAGCAGCGGACGCAGCAGCACGUUUAGCAGCACCCGCAGCAGCAGACGUUCCUGCAUCUCAGUUACAUGCAGCGGCAGCAACAACAGCAGCAGCAGCGCGACUAGCAACAGCGCUGGUGAGAUACACAGUAGCAGUGCUCGCCGUAGGAUACAGGGUAUCUGCCACAAGCAGAAGCGUCUGCAGUCCGAGCUGCCUCUUAAUAGCAAAUAUGCAAACAUCUUAGGUGCUACACGGAGCAGGGUACUUGCGUCUUCUGCAAGGUACUCAGAUGAAGUAGCCGCUGCUAAACUGGCAGCUGUUGAAGACGCAUUUCUUUCCGUUGUGCGCGCCGCGCGCGACUGGCUGCUGCUGCCGCUGCAAGACCUGCUGAUGUGGGCUUUGAAGGGACUGCGCCAGGAACAUGUGGCGGCACUGAGACGCACGCGACGGACGUGCACUCGUGUACUACCCGUGUACCUUCUCCCGCAGAAGAAGCAGCGGCAGCAGCAGCAGCCGCGGGUACAGCGAGUUGGUCUGCUACGCUGGAUGCUACUGCAGCAGGUGAUAAAUGCAUUGCGUGGCAGCAGCUUCAAGAGGCAGUAA